AUAUGUAUUAUUGAUACCAUCAUAAGUUUCCUGUUGUGUGUCAUAGGUAUGAUGUCAGUUUACGUCACAGGCUUGUUUUAUGACUGGUGAUUUUGUAUAAAUAAUUUUGUUGUGUUGACUGUUUAUAUAGAGCAGCUACAGUGCAGAUGCACAUGACUAUUUGUGACAUUUGUGAGUAAAUGUAUGACAUCUAACAGUACAGCUUCAGUACGGUGGACAAUGUCUUUGUACUUGAGGAUCUUUAGGGGCAGCAGUGUUGGAAGUUUAGUCAUUCUUUCCCCUGACAAACAUAUGUGGCAUUUCAGAAUGAUAUAAAUUCCAUCCUUUGAGGAUUAGACACGUCUCCGUCUAAGUCGUGCCAUCAGAUCCUAUCAGAUCCAGAUGUGUUUCAAUCCCAAGUCAAAAGCAGAGACACAUGAUGAGAAUGCUUAAUAUUCAGACUCUCUGGACUUUUGGCUGAUUUUCAGUGACAAUGGCUGGAAGAGAAAUGGCUCAACAAAAGCGACUGGCACAGAGCAUUUUUAACGGACUCAAACUACAACAUGUCAUUUCGGCAUGCAAAAGAGUAAGAACCAAUCUAACAAACAGUCCUGAGACGUUUCAAGAGGAGCCCGCUGAAACCGUCCAAUAUGUCAUCCAGUCGAGAGUUGCUUUUGUUUUCUUUAAUAAACUUACAUUGCUUACAUUGCUGAGCCACAGCAGUUCGGUCAGUGUUGCAGUGACCCCCACCCCUGCCUUUGCUUCUGUUGAGUCUUCAGCUGGGGAGGGCAACCGAGGGGCCAGACAAGACACACCACAGGGACCAGACACACAGAACCUGUAAUUCCAUAAAGACAGAAGGCGAACAUUAAAUAUACAUGUAUUGAGGAAUCUUUUGCCAUUCGAACUGUUGGAGACAACUGAAGACAUGAGGCGCUAUCAGUGGUGAGUGAAGACCAGUCCUUAUUUGAGCCUCCGUACGCUGCUGCUGCCCCUCUCCCCAAGACAGACAUGACUGCAUCUGGCGCGCAGGACUAUGGCCAGACUCACAAAAUCAACCCAUUACCCCCACAGCAGGAGUGGAUCAACCAGCCAGUGCGAGUCAAUGUCAAGCGGGAAUAUGAACAUAUGAACGGAUCGAGCAGGGAGUCUCCAGUGGACUGCAGCGUGGGUAAAUGUAAUAAGCUGGUGGGGAAUAACGAGACGUCUCAGAUAAACUAUGGAAACUACAUGGAUGAGAAGAACGCCCCGCCCCCCAACAUGACUACGAAUGAACGGAGAGUCAUUGUACCAGCUGAUCCUUCGUUGUGGUCCCAGGACCACGUACGCCAGUGGCUAGAGUGGGCCAUCAAGGAGUACGGCCUGUUGGAGAUUGACACAUCAAUGUUUCAAAACACGGAUGGCAAAGAGUUGUGUAAGAUGAGCAAGGAUGACUUCCUCCGACUCACGACCAUGUACAACGCCGAAGUUCUUCUCUCUCAUCUCAAUUACCUCAGGGAAAGUAGUUCAUCAUUAUCCUACAAUACACCAUCUCACACAGACCCAUCCCCACGUCUGACUGCCAAAGAAGACCCUUCAUAUGAUGCUGUACGGCGAACAGGAUGGUCAAACAACAUGCACAGCGCCAAAGGCUCACCAGUUGUGACUCAGAAUGUGACCAAGACUACCGAGCAGCCCAGAGCUCAACCAGAUCCUUACCAGAUACUUGGUCCCACCAGUAGUCGCCUAGCCAAUCCUGGUUCAGGCCAGAUCCAACUUUGGCAAUUUCUCUUGGAGCUCCUGUCGGACAGCGCCAACGCCGGCUGCAUCACCUGGGAGGGCACCAACGGCGAGUUUAAGAUGACGGACCCGGACGAGGUGGCGCGCCGUUGGGGCGAGCGCAAGAGCAAGCCCAACAUGAACUACGACAAACUGAGCCGUGCGCUGCGCUACUACUACGACAAAAACAUCAUGACCAAGGUGCACGGCAAACGCUAUGCCUAUAAGUUUGACUUCCAUGGCAUCGCCCAGGCGCUGCAACCGCAUCCCACCGAGUCGUCCAUGUAUAAGUACCCCUCGGACCUAGCCUACGUGCCUUCUUAUCACAGCCAUCAACAGAAGGUCAACUUUGUGUCCCCUCACCCUCCGUCCAUGCCAGUUACCUCCUCCAACUUCUUCGGACCAACUGCUCCAUACUGGAGCUCGCCCACUGCUGGCAUCUACCCCAACCCGAAUGUCCCCCGCCACCCGAACACCCAUGUGCCCUCCCAUCUGGGCAGUUACUAUUAAACAUCUCUAUAUAAACACCCACUAGCCAAGCCCGCCCUUGCUGACCUGCACUCUCAAUACCGUAAUGAAGGCAAUGAAGAGGCGUGAUGAAAUCAAAGGAGAUUUUUUAAAUAUUUGUUAAUAAUUUCUAAACAACUGGAUGCUAUGGUCCUAAAUGGAAUACUACUUACCUUUAGAAGACUUGAUGUUUCGGACAUGUGCCUUUAUCUUCCACUUCCUCCUGAAAGCUGCAGCCAGUUCCUCUCCAAAAUGUUUGCCACGCCAAAGUCUGAGGACAGAAGAGCAAUCAUGUCUGCCUCCUCAGCCCAGACAUGGCCCUUUAUUUACGGGUCUCAAUCUACAUCCUCCUGAGUACAUUACAGCCAUUAUGCUUGAAAGCAUCUGCUCUUUCCACCAUCUACAACCUUGUUGGGGGUUGUUAUUCCCACCACAUCAAAGCCUUCAUCUUUUUUCCCCACUGUCUCUGCUCGUCCAUCUGUAUCAUUUUGUGUGUGUAGAGAGUCUUCUGGAAUUCGCUGGAAAAGAAGGAGCCCCCCCCCCCCACACACACAAGACACGGACCUUUCUCGGCACUGAAUGAAAGUUGACAACUGGAAUAAGCCAUUCACAAUUUAAUUUAUCCUCCAAACUGGAAGGCAAGAGAGGAGUUGAAUCACAGAAAAGGAAGCGCUGUAUGUCUGCUGAACUGUCAGUUGUACUCUAAAUGCUUUCUGCGUUGCGUGUGGAGUUGAUGAUGGGCAAUGUGUACAGCUGUGUUGUGCUGAGGAAGCCGUGUCAAGACGUAAUUGAAGCAAUUUUGCAACAAGUCAACCCAGGCCGACACACUCGGCUAUUAAAAGUUUACCGCAUUGUC